CUAUCUCUCUCUAUAAAUACCAGUAGAGUUCAUAGAGAGAGAAACCACAAAAUUCAACAACUUGAACUAGAGAGAGAAAGUUCAAAAAAGCUGUGAAACGACAUAUCGUCCGUUCUCUCUCUAUCUCAACAACAAUUCUUCUCCGAUCUGGAAACAGGUUAAAGGAGUUUUUUUUUUUUUAAUUGUUUUUGGAAGAAUUGUGAUUAUGUCUUCGCUUAGCAGAGAGCUUGUGUUUCUCAUACUUCAAUUUCUCGAGGAAGAGAAAUUCAAGGAAACUGUUCACAGACUGGAGCAAGAGUCAGGGUUUUACUUUAACAUGAGGUAUUUUGAGGAAAUGGUGACAAAUGGAGAGUGGGAUGAAGUGGAGAAGUAUCUGUCAGGAUUUACGAAAGUUGAUGAUAAUAGAUAUUCGAUGAAGAUUUUCUUCGAGAUUAGGAAGCAAAAGUACCUUGAAGCUUUGGACAAGCGAGAUCGUGCGAAGGCAGUGGAAAUUUUAGUGAAGGACUUGAAAGUAUUUGCAGCGUUUAAUGAAGAGCUUUUUAAAGAAAUUACGCAGUUACUGACGCUGGAAAACUUUAGAGAUAAUGAACAGCUAUCCAAAUAUGGAGAUACCAAGUCUGCUAGGGGUAUAAUGCUUGGUGAACUCAAAAAGUUGAUAGAGGCUAACCCUCUUUUCCGUGACAAGCUUCAGUUUCCUAGUUUGAAGAAUUCUAGAUUGCGGACUUUAAUUAAUCAAAGUUUAAAUUGGCAACAUCAGCUUUGUAAGGCUCCGAGGUCUAAUCCUGAUAUAAAGACUUUGUUUGUUGACCAUAGUUGUGGACAACCAAAUGGCGCACGGGCCCCAUCCCCUGUCACUAAUCCCUUAAUGGAUGCUGUGCCUAAGGCAGGGGGUUUUCCUCCAAUAACUGGUCAUGGACCAUUUCAGCCCACGCCAACUAUUCCACCUUCUCUUGCAGGAUGGAUGGCGAAUCCAUCUACUGUCCCUCACCCAUCUGCUUCUGCUGGGCCCAUGGGCUUGGCUGCUCCUAAUAAUGCAGUACCACUCUUAAAGCGUCCUAGGAGCCCUCCUACCAAUAACCCAGCUAUUGACUAUCAAACAGCAGACUCUGAACACGUGUUGAAGAGGUCAAGACCAUUUGUAUCAGAUGAGGUCAAUAAUCUUCCAGUAAACAUUCUGCCUAUUGCUUACCCGAGUCAGAACCACGGCCAAAGCUCUUACUCUUCUGAUGACUUGCCCAAGAAUCCUGUCAUGACUUUAACUCAAGGUUCUGCUGUGAAGAGUAUGGAUUUCCAUCCACUCCAACAAAUUCUUCUUCUUGUUGGAACAAGCAUGGGUGAUGUGAUGGUAUGGGAGUUGGGCAGCAGAGAAAGGAUUGGUUGGAAGAAGUUCAAGGUUUGGGACCAUAAUGCAUGCUCAAGGGCUCUGCAGGCAUCUCUGUCCAGUGAUUAUACAGCAUCGGUUAACCGUGUGGCAUGGAGUCCUGAUGGAAAUUUAUUUGGUGUUGCAUACUCCAAGCACAUUGUGCAUGUAUACUAUUAUCAUGGUGGUGAUGACAUACGAAAUCACCUUCAGAUUGAUGCUCAUAAUGGGAGUGUCAAUGAUCUUGCUUUCUCUUACCCAAACAAACAACUUGCCAUCGUCACUUGUGGCGAUGACAGGACCAUCAAGGUUUGGGAUGCGGUUGCGGGGACCAGACUGUUCAAUUUUUCAGGUCAUGAGGCACCUGUAUAUUCUGUGUGCCCACAUCACAAGGAAAAUAUUCAGUUUAUCUUUUCAACGGCAGCUGAUGGAAAGAUAAAGGCAUGGUUGUAUGAUAACAUGGGUUCAAGAGUUGACUAUGAUGCACCAGGGAAUUCGUCUACCACAAUGGCAUACAGUGCUGAUGGAACUAGGUUAUUCUCAUGUGGGACCAACAAAGAAGGAGAAUCACACUUGGUGGAGUGGAAUGAAAGCGAAGGAGCUGUGAAGCGUACCUAUAAUGGUCUUGCAAAGCGUUCUGUUGGUGUUGUGAAGUUUGAUACCACUAAGAAUCGAUUCUUGGCGGCUGUAGAUGAGUUCAUGAUCAAGUUUUGGGAUAUGGAUAACAUCAACCUAUUAGCAAGUAUUGAUGCAGAGGGUGGAUUGCCGGGUUCUCCUUGUAUUAGAUUUAACAAGGAAGGAACGCUGUUAGCUGUCUCAACAAAUGACAAUAGCAUCAAAAUUCUAGCAAACUCAGAUGGGAUCAGGCUGCUCCGAACAGUGGAGAAUCGUACAUUUGAUGCUUCUAGAGCUGCUUCUGCUUCUGUUGUGAAGCCCCCACCAAUAGGCAGUUUUCCUCCCGCCAAUGCCCCAGUUGGAACAAGUGGCGAUGAUCAAGCUGCUCUUGCAGCACCCAUGGUUGGAAUGAAUAGUGACAGUCGAAGUUUAGUUGACGUGAAGCCUAAAAUUCAAGAUGAAUCAGUUGAAAAAUCUAGGAUCUGGAAAUUAACAGAAAUAAAUGAACCAUCACAGUGCCGCUCCCUGAGGCUCCCUGAUAGCUUGACUUCAAUGAGGGUGUCUAGAUUAAUUUAUACAAAUUCAGGAGUUGCCAUAUUGGCAUUAGCAUCUAAUGCAGUGCACAAGCUUUGGAAGUGGCAGCGAAAUGAUCGAAAUCUGUCUGGGAAGGCCAGUGCCAGUGUACCACCUCAAUUAUGGCAGCCUUCCAGUGGAAUUUUUAUGACUAAUGAUAUUAGCGACACAAACCCUGAAGAUGCUGUUCCAUGCUUUGCACUUUCAAAGAAUGAUUCUUAUGUCAUGUCUGCUUCAGGAGGGAAAAUUUCUCUAUUCAAUAUGAUGACAUUUAAGACAAUGACAACAUUCAUGGCCCCACCACCAGCUGCAACGUUUUUAGCAUUUCACCCUCAGGACAACAAUAUCAUAGCUAUUGGCAUGGAGGACUCUUCUAUACAAAUUUAUAACGUUAGGGUUGAUGAGGUCAAAACAAAGUUAAAAGGUCAUCAGAAAAGAAUUACAGGCCUUGCCUUCUCUCACUCUCUAAAUGUCCUGGUGUCUUCUGGAGCUGACUCUCAGUUGUGUGUUUGGAGCACGGAUGCUUGGGAGAAGCAAGCUAGUAAACUCUUGCAACUUCCUUCUGGACGAGUUGCACCUUCUCUUGCAGAUACGCGUGUUCAAUUUCACCUUGACCAGAUACACUUGCUUGCAGUUCAUGAAACACAGAUAGCUAUAUUUGAAGCACCUAAAUUGGAAUGCCAAAAGCAGUGGUUCCGUCAAGAAGCAAGCGGUCCAAUCACGCAUGCUACAUAUUCCUGUGAUAGCCAGUCGAUAUUUGUUAGCUUUGAAGAUGGAAGUGUGGUUGUUCUCACUGCUUCAACACUCAGAUUGAGAUGCAGAAUAAGUUCUACUGCUUAUUUACCACCCAAUCCAAGCAGCUUAAGAGUAUAUCCUCUUGUCAUUGCUGCACACCCCGCCGAGCCUGAUCAAUUCGCAUUAGGACUAACAGAUGGUGGAGUUCAUGUGCUUGAACCAUUGGAGUCGGAAGGAAAAUGGGGGACCUCGCCUCCAGUUGAAAAUGGUGCUGGCCCUAGUGCAACUGCAGGCGCCGCAGGUUCUGAACAAGCUCAAAGGUAGCCAGUCAUGUGCGCAUGGCUUUCAACAAGGACCUUUAUUGUCCAUGCCUUCCAUGCAGUCCCGCUCCCUGGGCCCACCACAAUGUGAUUUUCAAGGGGAAGCUGCGGAAAUUAGGUACUGUAGGUUUAGUGUACUUGCAUCCAGGAUAGAGAGAGUUCGUUCAAGCGCCAGUGUAAUCACUUUGCUUCUCAGAGCAUGAUGUUAUCAGUUGCCCUCAUCAGAAAUGACUGGAGAAGCAAGGGUUUAUGGCUGUACAUUUCAAAAGUCAAUUAAAAAGAGGAGAGAUAAAGGUAAAGAAAAACUGAAGGUGAAGGCCCGACUAUAGAAUCUGAAAGGUUAUUUUUAGGAAGAAACUUGAGUUGGUUUGGCCAGGGGAACUGGUUGUUUUCCCUGCCAUUUUUAUCUAGUUUCAGGGAUGGUCAUCUAAUUUAAUUUCAUUUUUCUCUAGUCCCGAGCAGAAAAUAUUCGUGGCGUUUGACUUCUUUGUUAUCUCGUUUUAGUUAUUACAAGUAUGUUUUUUCUGCA